UGACGAUGAGUUCAACCAGCGAGCUUGAUGGAGUGGUCACCGUGUCGGAGGCGCAGCGUUUCCCGUUGAGUGGGGAGCCUGUGUGCGUCCUAUGCGGAAGGUAUGGAGAGUACAUUUGCGACAAAACAGACGAAGACGUAUGCAGCAUUGAAUGCCGCGAUCGCGCUCUUGAGCGCGCGGCGAGUCGCGCCUUGCAGCAGAAGUUCGGGAUCACGGUCACUGGUGCUGGCGUCGACAUCCUUUUGGCGACAGAGUUUCAUCUCUUGCAUCUGCACGACGACCUGUACGCUAAUAUGCAGCGGGAACGAUACGAUCAUCCAACGCCCGUUCAAAUGCAAGUGUUGCCGUACAUGUUGCAGCACCGUCAUCUUGUCGUGGGCUCCCCCACAGGCACCGGGAAGACGCUCGCUUACUUGAUUCCGCUGGUGGCCCAUGUCAUUGACCAUCGGAUGGACGUGGACGUGCACCACAUCAUCGGCGUUAUUCUUGCACCUGUCCGUGAGUUGUGUGUGCAGCUGGAAACACAGGCCAAAGCCUUGAUGAAAGGCAUUCCAAAGAUGAAAACAGCGUUGCUCGUGGGCGGCAUUCCCUUGCCAAAUCAACUCCAUCGACUAAAAAAAGGAGUUCAGCUUAUCGUGGCCACUCCUGGUCGGCUGUACGAGCUCGUUACCGAGUUCACACUGGAUUUGUCCCAUGUCGUGUGCUGCGUUCUGGACGAAGUCGACAUGCUCGUUGAUGCAGGCGAUUUCGAGUCCAAAGUGGUCGCGAUUCUUGCGGCACUCCCACUAUCCCGGCAAAUGGUGCUGGUCUCGGCCACCAUCACACCCGCAGUGCUCAAGUUUGCCCAAACCCAUCUCCACGAAGCAAUUCAUGUGUCGGUGGCGAGCACAGCGACGUCGAGCCUGCCCAACUCGACAACGCGGCAAGUCAUCCAUUACGUCGACUCACCCGAAGCGAAGAAGCAGCACUUCUUCGCGUGGCUACAGGCAAAGUGUGUGCCUGGCGACACGGACAACUCCAUCCUUGUAUUCGUCUCAUCCAAAGUUGGGGCGGAUAUGCUGGCCAAGUCCAUUGUCAAGGCAUGCAACAUUCCAGCGCUUGCCAUUCACAGCGAAAAGACCCAGGCGCAGCGGCUGUCGAUUAUACAAUCAUUUGUCGACGGCGCCGCUCCAAUUCUCGUAUCCACGGGUGUCCUGGGUCGAGGCAUGAAUUUGUUGUCAGUAGAUGACGUUGUGGUGUUUGAUCUGCCACCGACUAUCGAAGAGUACGUGCACUUGAUCGGGCGGGCCGGUCGGCAGCCGGGUUCCGACGAUGCCACCGCUGGGACCGCUACCGUUUACAUCGGUGCUGAGAACACGUCGUUACUGCCAAAGUUGCUUCCGUUGCUCCGCAAGCACGACGCCGUGAUCCCGGACGAACUCAAGCGCGAGGCAGUACGAGAGCGCACCCGCGCUAUGGCCCAGCGACAGAGUCAAGUCCAGGAUGCAUCCAAGAGUGCCUACCACGCGGCACGGCAAAUGUCAACAGCGCAACAUCAAGCGAGAUGGCAGCAGUGGGCGAUCGAACAACCCAAGCGAAAAGUCGUCGAGCUAACGGCGGCGCAAACCCAGCACAAAAAGUUCAAGUUCAUCGCCAUGUCGUGACGAGCAAGUCGGAUUCCAGGGAAUCGCAACGCCAUUGCCGAUUGUCAAAAAAGCCUUGCGACACCACCCUUGGCUCCAGGCUACUGCCUGAGUGGUGGGCGGCGACACUCUGUGACCGAAUGCACCAAUGCACAGCAUGCAGCGUGUUGGACCAUGAGGACCCGAGAUGAUGAGGUCGACCAUGUGCAUCAUAACGAGGACAUUAGGUUCGAUACUGGUGCCAUGGUGGCCAUCUUGUGCUGAAUUCAGACUUGUCUGAAGCUCGA